AUGAAGAUAAUUAUAUAUUUUUGCAUUUGGACAGUAGCAUGGGCCAUUCCAGUUCCUCAAAUCAAGCCAUUGGAGAGACAUGCUGUUGACAAAUCUGUGAAUUUAAAUCUUCUAGCAAAAUUGAAAGUGCCAAUACAGGAUGAGUUAAAUGCCAAUGAUACCACCAAAGAAAGUGGUGUCCUCCUGCAUGAAAAUGAAAGAGGGAGGCAACAGUACACCAAAGAUGGUUACAAAGGAGAGAGAAAUGGUUCUGAGGGGGCAGAAGUGGGAGAGAAAAGUUCUUCUGCACAUUCCAUGUUAGCAAAUGAAGAGGGGAAUACUGAGGAUCUGAAAGGGGGCACAGGAAAACCAGAAACAUAUGGUCAUGUUGGGCUCCAUCAAGAAGACAGCACCACAGCAAAUGGCAUCAGGGGACAAGUAGGCAUCAUCGACAGUGCUGAAACAGCAAAUGGGAGCAAUAUUAAUGGGAUUGCUGAGAACAAUUCCAAAAAUGGGGGUGUUGGAAAUGCAAGUCAGAGUGAAGAUGCCACUGUUGUCCAAGAAGAUGGACAUCAAGUAGCUGGAAGCAAUAAAGGUACAGGUCAUGAGGAAGAAAUAAGUGGGAAUUUCUGUAGAAAUGGGGGUGAUACAAGUGAAGAAACACCUCAGAGAGAAGGCGAGAGCAACGGGAAUGAGGAGACAGGGGUAACACCAGGGGAAAGUGGAGAUAGCAAUAGAGAAGAUGUCGCCUUGGACAAUUCUGAUGGAAGUCCUAGUGGGAAUGGAGUAGAUGAAAAUGAAGACAAGGGCUCUGGUGAUGAUGAAGGUGAAGAAACAGGGAAUGAAGAAAAAGGCCCUGAUAACAGCAAGGGCCAAGAGGGUCAACCUCAUGAAACAGAAGAUGACGAUGACAAUAGCUUAGGUCAAAAUUCAAUUAGUGGUGAAGCUGAUGACCCUGCGGACCAAGAAGACACCCACGCCAUUGAUGGACACAACACCUCCAAGAGUGAGGAUGAUUUUGACGGUAUUUCAGGAGACAAUGGUAGCCAAAAAAUAGAGGACACUCAAAAACCCAAUCACAGAGAAAGCAAAGCUGUGGAAAAUGGAAUCACUGAAAAAUUAGAGCCACCUGCUAUUGGGAAGAACCAAGUUAAGGGAAUAGAAAUGGAAUGUCCCAGCAGCGGCAACAGAAACAAUAUUACCAAAGAAGCUGGGAAAAUGAAUGAAGAUAAAGAGAGUAAAGGCCCACAUGGAAUAAUUGUAGACAAAGGAAAUGUCAAGGCACAAGAAGAGGUUGAUGUCAUGCAGGGACCUGGCCAGAAAUUAGAACCUCAAGAUAAGUUUGGACCCAGCAAAACACGUAGUGACAGUAACAGUGAUGGCUAUGACAGCUCUGAGUUUGGUGAUGAAUCCGUGCAAGGAGAUGAUCCCAACAGCAGUGAUGAGUCUAAUGGCAGUGAUGAUACCACUUCUGAAGGUGACAACAACCACAGUAGCCGAGGAGAUGCUUCUUAUAACUCUGAUGAAUCAAGGGAUAAUGGCAAUGGCAGUGACUCAAAAGGAGGGGAAGGUGAUAGUGAUAACACAUCAGGUGCUAAUGAUAGUGGUAGUGAUGGCAAUGGUGACAAUGGGAGUGAUAAGAAUGGAAAAUCAGGCAGCACCAAAGAAAAAUCAGACAGCAGUGACAGCAGUGACAGCAGUGACAGCAGUAGUGGCAGCAAGUCUGACAGCAGUGACAGCAGUGACAGCAGUGACAGCAGUGACAGCAGUAGUGGCAGCAAGUCUGACAGCAGUGACAGUAGUGAUAGCAGCGACAGUAGUGAUAGCAGUGACAGUAGUGACAGCAGUAGUGGCAGCAAGUCUGACAGCAGUGACAACAGUGAUAGCAGUGACAGCAGUGACAGUAGUGACAGUAGUGAUAGCAGUGACAGCAGUGACAGCAGUAGUGGCAGCAAGUCUGACAGCAGUGACAGUAGUGAUAGCAGCGACAGUAGUGAUAGCAGUGACAGUAGUGACAGCAGUAGUGGCAGCAAGUCUGACAGCAGUGACAACAGUGAUAGCAGUGACAGCAGUGACAGUAGUGACAGUAGUGAUAGCAGUGACAGCAGUGACAGCAGUAGUGGCAGCAAGUCUGACAGCAGUGACAGUAGUGAUAGCAGCGACAGUAGUGAUAGCAGUGACAGUAGUGACAGCAGUAGUGGCAGCAAGUCUGACAGCAGUGACAGCAGUGACAGUAGUGACAGUAGUGAAAGCAGCGACAGUAGUGAUAGCAGUGACAGUAGUGACAGCAGUAGUGGCAGCAAGUCUGACAGCAGUGACAGCAGUGACAGUAGUGACAGUAGUGAAAGCAGCGACAGUAGUGACAGCAGUGAUAACAGUGACAGUAGUGAAAGCAGUGACAGUAGUGACAGCAGUGAUAGCAGUGACAGUAGUGACAGCAGUGACAGCAGUGGCAGCAGUGACAGUGACAGUAAAUCAGACAGUGACAGUAGUAACAGCAGUGACAGCAAGUCAGACAGCAGUGACAGUAGUGACAGCAAAUCAGACAGUAGUGAUAGUGAUAGUGACAGCAGUGACAGCAGUGACAGUAGUGAUAGCAGUGACAGUGGUGACAGCAAAUCAGAUAGUAGUGACAGCAGUGACAGUGACAGUAAAUCAGACAGUGACAGUAGUGACAGCAGUGAUAGUGACAGUAAAUCAGACAGUGACAAUAGUAACAGCAGUGACAGCAAGUCAGACAGCAGUGACAGUAGUGACAGCAAAUCAGACAGUAGUGACAGCAGUGACAGCAAAUCAGAUAGUAGUGAUAGCAGUGACAGUAGUGAUAGUGACAGUAGUGACAGCAGUGACAGCAGUGACAGUAGUGACAGUAGUGAUAGCAGUGACAGCAGUGACAGUAGUGAUAGCAGUGAGAGUGGUGACAGCAAAUCAGACAGUAGUGACAGCAGUGACAGUGACAGUAAAUCAGACAGUGACAGUAGUGACAGCAGCGAUAGUGACAGUAAAUCAGACAGUGACAAUAGUAACAGCAGUGACAGCAAGUCAGACAGCAGUGACAGUAGUGACAGCAAAUCAGAUAGUAGUGAUAGCAGUGACAGUAGUGACAGUGACAGCAGUGACAGCAGUGAUAGUGACAGCAGCGAAAGUGACAGCAGUGACAGCAGUGAUAGUGACAGCAGCGACAGGAGUGACAGCAACAGCAGUGAUAGUGACAGCAGUGACAGUGCGUCUGACAGUGGUGAUGAGAGUGACAGCAAGAGCAAGUCUGGUAACGGCGACAACAAUGGAGGUGGUAGUGACAGUGAUAGUGACAGUAAAGGCAGUGACAGUAAUCACUCAACCAGUGACGAUUAG